AUGCUAGAUACAUCAAUUGGUCGUGAUCCUCUCGUGUCAUCUUGGUCCUCGCUACCCGCCGCCGCCAGGGGGUACCGCGCGCGCGUCGAGGCCGAGCUCUCCGGGAUCUGCACGGGGAUCCUGCGCCUCCUCGACGGGCGCCUCGUGCCAGCGGCGGCGGCCGUGGACGCCAGGGUCUUCUACCUCAAGAUGGAGGACUACCACUGCUACCUCGCCGAGUUCAAGACCGGCGCCGAGCGCAAGGACGCCUACUCGCCUCGUCUUCUCCAAUCUCCACACACACUCUCACUGCGCAAAGCGAGCAGGCGGGCGGGAGCUACCGCGGUGCCGCCCACACAUCCCAUCAGGCUCGCCCUCGCCCUCAACUUCUCUGUCUUCUACUACGAGAUCCUCAGCUCGCCGGACCGUGCCUGCUCGCUGGCCAAACAGGCAUUCGACGAAGCUAUUUCAGAGCUGGAUAGUCUUGGGGAAGAGUCGUACAAGGAUAGCACCCUCAUCAUGCAGCUUCUUCGUGACAACCUCACCUUGUGGACUUCUGACAUGCAGGAGGAUGGUGGCGAUGAAAUGCGGGACCAGUACAGGAUCAUUUACAUGUAUAGGAACAUUCAAUUUGUACGAUAAACACAGU